AUGAAUUCUGCUAUUCAAGCAAUGAUCCAUAUUCCAGCGGUGCAACAUUACCUCAAUGAUGUCAAUAAUAAUAAAAUCAAAGAUUUGAAGCCAAGAUCAGUUACUCAUGUUUUAGCUGAAUUGAGUAAGAGAAUGUGGAUGGGGGAUAAAAAAUAUAUCAACCCAAAGAAAAUCAUACAAAGAUUGGAUGAAAUUAAUUGUAUGAUGAGUGAAUGGCAACAAGAAGAUUCCCAUGAAUAUUACAUGUCAUUGAUGUCAAGAUUACAAGAAGAUUCAACCCCAAAGGGUAAGAAAUUGAAUGAAUCGAUAAUUUAUGAUAUAUUUGGGGGAUUAUUAAAACAAAGAAUCACAUGUCAUAAAUGUCAUAAUGUAUCAGCUACUAAUCAAGAGUUUUAUGAUUUAUCUUUAGGAUUAAAUCGUAAAAAAUUCAAGAAUAGUAAUAAAUUUUCAAUUGAAAAAUCAAUUAAUGAAUUUUUCAGUAAUGAAUUAAUUAAAAAAACUGAAGAGAAUAAAUCUGGAUAUUAUUGUGAAAAUUGUAAAAUGUUUACACAUGCCAAUAAAAUAUCCACCAUUAAAAUUGCCCCAGAAACAUUAACUAUUCAUUUUAAACGAUUCAAAUUCAACAAUAACUCAAGUUCCAAAGUCAAACAACUGAUUAAUUAUUCUAAAUUUUUAAAUUUGAGUAAAUAUAUGGAAGACAAGGAAGAAAAAGCUGUAUAUAAAUUAAUUUCAGUUAUUGUUCAUGAAGGUAGAUCGAUAUCUAGUGGUCAUUAUGUUUCUCAUUGUUUACAACCGGAUGGAUAUACUUGGUGUACAUAUGAUGAUGAAUACAUCAAUAAGAUUGAAGAAAGAGUAGCAUUGAAUGAUCCAUCUGCAUAUGUUUUGGUUUAUACAAAAUUAACCCCAAAAGAAAUGGCAUCAGAAUAG